AUGGCGGCCUCUGUUUCACCGCUACGCUCCUCCUUCAGGAUUUGUAGCCCGCUGACGUUACACCAUCACUGCUGCAGGGCCGAGCUGCGGACGCACAGAAAAUGCGAGAGUCAAAAGAGACAUUUACAGCAGUCGGCGACGAGGCAUGCUGCUGUGGUGAUUUCGGGAAAAGAGUUGGCUCGGCAGCUCCACAGAGAAAUCCAACGCGAUGUGGAAGAGAUGGUUGCUCAGGGCAACAUGAGACCCCAUCUAGGAGUGGUCUUAGUGGGCGACAACCCGGCCAGCCGGACAUACGUGAAGAACAAGACCCGUGCAGCCAGCAUCCUGGGUAUUUCCAGUGACACUGUGGUGCGGCCGAGCUCGGUGUCCCAGGAGGAGCUGCUGGAGCUGAUAGACAAAAUGAACCGUGACUGGAGGGUCAGUGGCCUCUUGGUGCAGCUGCCACUUCCUGAACAUAUCAAUGAGCGAGCAGUUUGUAACGCCAUCGCUCCGGAGAAGGAUGUGGACGGUUUCCACAUCGUCAAUAUCGGGAAGUUGUGUCUGGACCAGAGAUCCAUGGUACCUGCCACGCCUGCCGCUGUCUGGGAGAUCAUCAAACGAGCAGGUAUUGAGACUGUGGGGAAGAAUGUCCUCGUUGCUGGUCGCUCCAAAAACGUUGGAAUGCCCAUCGCUAUGCUGCUGCACACUGAUCGCAACCACGAGCGCCCUGGAGGGGACGCCACAGUAACCAUCGCCCACAGAUGUACCCCCAGAGAGCGACUGAAAGAGCUCACCAGGCUGGCAGAUAUCAUUAUUGCAGCUGCAGGCGUUCCCGGCCUGAUCACAGCAGAUAUGAUCAAAGAGGGCGCCGCGGUCAUUGACGUGGGAAUAAAUCGCAUUCAGGAUCCAAACACGGGCAAACUCCGGCUCAUCGGCGACGUCGACUUUGAAGGAGUGAAGGAGAAAGCCGGUUUCAUCACGCCUGUCCCUGGAGGUGUGGGUCCAAUGACAGUCGCCAUGCUGAUGAAGAACACUGUGACCGCCGCCAGAAACGCACUGAUGCAUUAAAACACACACACACACACACACACACACACACACACACACACACGCACAUACACACACACAUUCAGACAUGCACUUUUAUUUAAACAUCCAUGAACUCAAGACUCCAUAUCUGCUGGGAAACCUACUUGAUAUGUUUAUAUUGUUUAUUUAAGUUAUUUAUUUAUUUAUUUCAGAUUUCACUUUUUAAGAUUUUAGAUUGCUAUUUUUUCUACUGAGGUCGGUUUGGUUCAUUGUAACAUUCCAGAGUCACUGGAAAAGGAGUACGAAAUAAAAACG